AUGGCUCCAAAUGAUGGGUUGUCAUUGUUUUGUGAGCUACAAAAAGCUCGCCAGUGCUUGGUUUUGGAGACUGAUUUGCAUCUAAUAUAUUUAGUGACUCCUUACAGUGUCAGUAGUCAGUGGGGUAAUAUAGACUGGAUACAUAUGCUAACCCUCUGGGAAUCUCUAACAAAAGCUAUGAAGAGAGUUGGGGAAUUAGUUGGUGUACAGGAGAGUUUUAUAAUAAGAUGUUUAAGAGGUGGUAACAAGGCCAACAACAUACAGAACAAAAUAAAUAUACAUAAAAGAUUUUAUACAGCCCUGGCUUUGCAAGACUUGGUAAAUGAAGUUCCAUUGGCAGAAGUAGCAGCAAAGUUCCAGUGUGCUCGUGGCUUCCUACAGAGUCUGCAACAAGGAGCUGCGACUUUUGCAGGUAUGGUAACAGCUUUUUGUCAUCAGUUGGGGUGGAAAAAUAUGGAAAUGUUAAUAUCACAAUUUCAAGAUCGUUUACAUUUUGGAAUUCAUUCUGAACUGUUAGAGUUAAUGAAAUUGCCAUCACUGAAUGGUAUGAGGGCUCGAACACUUUUUGAUUCAGGUUUUGAAUCAAUUGCUAACAUAGCAUCAGCUGAUGCAAACACCAUAGAAAAUAUACUUCACAAGUCUGUACCGUUUCAAAGUGAAAAAGGGAGAGAAGAUGACGACUGUGACGAUAUACGUAAACGAAAUAAAAUAAAGAGUAUUUGGAUAACAGGAUAUUGUGGUAUCACAACCAAAGAGGCUGCUGAAAAUCUUAUUGCGGAAGCCAGAAGAUAUCUAUCUCUGGAAAUUGGUGUUACAGAAAUUAAAUGGGAUUCAAAAUCAACUUCUUCCAAUUUUACUAGUAGUGGUAAUAAUGUACAAACAAGCAAUAAGAUUGAUGAAAUUUUAAGUCCUUUAAAUAUAGGAUCUAGCGCGAAGUCUAAUAAUACACAAAACACCAUCAAAAGUAAUACUAUACAUUGUGAACAAAUCCUUGAUAAGGAAAAUGUUCCACUAAACAUGAGUACUAAUUCUAAAGCAGAACUAUCAAAUUGUGCUUUAACUUGUAGUGGCAAAAGAAACAAAACUUUAAAUUACAAAAGUAAAGGUGAAUUGUCAAAAACAAAAGCCAAUAUUUCAAAAGAAAUAAAUGAAACGAAUGAUAAUAUCAGUCCGUCUUUAUCAAACGAUAUAGUAUGGGACUCUCUGAACUUCACUGAAGCUGGUUUGGACAAUAUAUCUAAGUUGCGCACGUCUGAUAAAAUGUUCUCACCAAAUAUUAGUUUUGGUGAAAUUGAAGAUAAACCCGAGCAAGGAAAUAUUAUGAAUACGUCAGAUAUUUUGAAUUCAUCUAAACAUGUGUCUGCGAAAGACAUUAGCUUGUUCUCAUCAGAAGGAGACAACACGAGUUUGUUUGAGGAGAGUCUACCUUUAGACUUAAUAUCCAGUCACUUCCUCGAUAAAGGCGCUCCCAUGUCGCAGGACAACGCUUUACAUUACGAAAGCAUUAAUUCCAACACUAUUUUGAAUGCAUUCAAAACCACUUUAUUAGAGAACGAACGUAAUGAUGACGAUGAAAAUGAAGAUAUAAAAUUAGUCUACGAGGAUGAUAAAAUGACAGAGAAAGAAAAUGAGGAAAUCGAUAGCAAUCGUAUAGCACUUAAUUGCCAUCAAGUACACCCUAAUCUUGUGGCUCAUAAACGUAGACAGUCUACGAACAAAGAAAUACAACCAUUAGAGAAAAAGAAAAAAGUAGAUAUUUCGUCACAAGAUGAUAUGAAUGUCUCCCCUAAAUAUCAAAUUUGUGUUGUCCCAAAAAUAAAAAGUACGUUGUCAAAAGAUUUUCAGAUUGACUUCAAUCAAUGUUCAAUGGAUUGUUAUGUUUUAAGAGGAAACGAUAUCAUUGACAACUUACACAUAAUACAAAAUAUACAAACAGCGUCAAUUCACUUGCAUUUGAAAAAACAUAAUUUUGCCAGUAAUGAAAUAAUAGGAAGUAACAUAGUUAGUUUCCCUAAGUCAGUACGAAAAGUCGAAGAUAAAAGUGAAGAUUGCUCUAUUAAAGGGAUAGCCUUGUAUCUAAAUCAAGGAAUAAGUAUAUUCUUAGAUUUAACGACGUUAAAUAAUAUGCAAAUGGUAAAGAACAAAUUACGUAGCUGGUUUAAGAAGAAAAGUUUGAUAUUAAAAAUGUUUUGUUCGAAAACAGUGAACCUUUAUGUAAAACGAUGGCUUGACGUAAACUUAUCAACGAAGUCUAUCGAUAUAUCUUUAACAGAAUGGUUAAUAGACAGCAGCGAAAAAACAGCAGAUAUUGAAUAUCUAGUAAAAAAGUAUUGUGGGAUCGAUGUCACAAACGUGUUGUUCAAAGUCUCUAAUCUACCCAAAAAGUAUAAGAGUUUAGACUCCAUUGAAAGUUUGUGCUUGAGAACUUGUUUAUUGUGGAUGGUUGCUGAAAAACAGGAAAAAGCUUUAGAAGAGUCUCUUCAACCUGCACAAAACGUAAUAGAAAUCGAAAAUCAGGUCUCCAAGAUUCUGGCUAACUGUGAAUAUUACGGAAUCACUGUAGACAAAGAUCUCGCGUCACGACUUUUGAUUGAUGUAAGAAAUUCCCAAGAAAGUCUGGAAAAGAAGGCAUACAAACUUUGCGGAUAUCAUUUCAACUUUAACUCUUCGAAAGAUGUUGCUAAGGUUUUGGGUAUAUACAACGGCCGUAAAGUGAGCACUAAGAAAAGCGUGUUAACAUCGCACAACAGUCCCCUGUCAAGUACUGUUAUUUAUUGGAGGAAGCUUAAUUCUAUUUUGACGAAAACAUUGUACCCUCUCACGGAGAAGGCUUGCAUCUACAGUGAAGGAGACAGAAUAAAUCCCUCGUAUACAAUGUUCAGUUGCACGGGCCGGAUCAGUAUGCAUGAGCCCAACCUGCAGAAUGUGCCGCGAACAUUUUCAAUACCGUGCGAGUACUUGACGGUGCACUCAGCCGUAAGUGAUGACGUUGUGGAGUUCAACUGUAGAAACAUAUUCAAAUCCGCCCCUGGUUACGUCAUUGUGUCGGCGGACUAUUGUCAGUUGGAAAUGAGAAUUCUGACGCACUUCAGUCAAGACCAGGUGUUGAUGAAAAUUAUGAACUCGGAUAUGGAUGUUUUUAAAGCUAUUGCGGCGUCCUGGAGCAACGUGUCUGAAGAGGAGGUAGACGAUGAUCUCAGGCAAAAAGCCAAACAGCUUUGUUACGGAAUUAUUUAUGGAAUGGGUAACAAAACGUUGGGGCAACUGCUCGAUGUCACUGAAAUGGAGGCGGCAGUUUUCAUGGACUCCUUCUAUAAAACUUAUCCAGCCGUGAAGGUGUGCACUCAGUCCAUUAUCGAGGAGUGCAAGAAGCGAGGAUACAUCGAGACUCUCACUAGACGUAGACGAUACUUGCCUGAUAUAAACAGCAAUUCAGGAAUUAAGCGAAGUGCUGCCGAGCGUCAAGCUGUAAACACCACAAUUCAAGGAUCAGCGGCGGACAUAGCUAAAGCCGCUAUGUGUUCCAUAGACACCAAAAUGGAAUCAUUUGAUCCUAAACCUCGUUUGAUACUGCAGAUGCACGAUGAACUCAUAUAUGAAGUGCACGAGACCCACCAGCAGUACUUCAUAGGGAUUAUGAAACAAGUCAUGGAGGACACCGUCACUCUUAGAGUGCCCCUCCCUGUCAAAGUGAAGACUGGACUCACUUGGGGCUCCUUGAUAGAAAUCAAGUUUAAUGAAUCAUGA